GGGCGGCGGCGGCCGCGGUGGCUGCAGCGGGGCUGGCGGCGAUCGGCACAGCCAUGCCGGCCGCGCGCGUGGAGUACAUCGCGCCCUGGUGGGUCGUGUGGCUGCACCGCGUCCCCCACCUCAGCCUGCGCCUGCAGCCAGUGAACAGCACCUUCAACCCCCGCGACGAGAGCUACCAGGAGUCGCUGCUGCUCCUGGGGCUGGUGGCCGCUGUCUGCCUGGGGCUGAACCUCGUCUUCCUCACGGCCUACCUAGUCUGGCUGUGCUGCGGGCGGCGGGACGGGGCAGCGCAGACCAAACAGCACAGCUCCUGCUGCGUCACCUGGGCGGCCGUGGUGGCGGGGCUCAUCUGCUGCGCUGCGGUGGGCGUUGGUUUCUAUGGAAACAGCGAGACCAAUGAUGGGGUGUACCAGCUGAUCUACUCCUUGGACAACGCGAACCACACCUUCUCCGGGAUCGAUGCCCUGGUUUCCGGAACCACCCAGCAGAUGAAGGUGGACCUCGAGCAGCACCUGGCCCGGCUCAGUGAGAUCUUGGCUGCCCGGGGAGACUACCUGCAGACCCUGAAGUUCGUGCAGCAGAUGGCGGCCAGCAUCAGGGCCCAGCUCUCACGACUGCCGGUGUGGACGGACGUCACCGCAGAGCUGACCGAGGUGGCCGGCCAGACCAGCUAUGUGGAGUACUACAGGUGGCUCUCCUACCUCCUGCUCUUCAUCGUGGACCUGGUCAUCUGCCUGGUCACCUGCCUGGGACUGGCCAAGCGCUCCAAGUGUCUGCUCGCCUUGAUGCUGUGCUGCGGGGUGCUGGCCCUGAUUCUCAGCUGGGCUUCCCUGGCUGCAGACACCGCCGCCGCCGUGGGCACCAGUGACUUCUGCGUGGCUCCUGACACCUUCAUCCUGAACAUCACACAGGGCCAGGUUAGAACAGAGGUGACCCGCUACUACCUGUACUGCAGCCAGAGUGCAAGCAGCCCCUUCCAACAGGUGCUGACCGUCUUCCAGCGCUCACUGACCACCAUGCAGAUCCAGAUUGGGGGGCUGCUGCAGUUUGCCGUGCCCCACUUCCCCUCGGCAGAGGGAGAUCUGCUCGAGAUCCAGCUGCUGCUGAACUCAUCUGAGGCCGGCCUUCACCAGCUGACGGCCAUGCUGGAUUGUCGGGGGCUGCACAAGGACUACCUGGAUGCCCUCACUGGCAUCUGCUACGACGGCAUCGAGGGCUUGCUCUACCUCGGCCUCUUCUCCCUCCUGGCUGCCCUGGCCUUCUCCAUCAUGAUCUGCACGGGGCCACGGGCCUGGAGACACUUUGCCACCAGGGACAGGGACUAUGAUGACAUCGACGACGAUGACCCCUUUAAUCCCCAGGCCCGGCGCAUCGCCGCUUACAACCCCCCUCGUGGGCAGCUUCACAGCUUCUGCAGCUACAGCAGCGGCCUGGGCAGCCAGACCAGCCUCCAGCCCCCUGCCCAGACCAUCUCCAAUGCUCCUGUCUCUGAGUACAUGAACCAAGCCGUGCUCUUCGGCGGGAACCCACGCUACGAGAACGUUCCACUCAUCGGAAGAGGCUCCCCCCCUCCCACGGUAGUUUCCUGAACUUGGAUGGACCAAGGUGACCCAGGGCAAUUGUUAAAAGUAACCAAUACCAGGACUUCACUCUAAACUCGCUAAGACAUGGUCUCCGGGCGAAGAGCCUGGGGAACGUAGGUUAACAAGAGCCCCGGAUAAUCCUUGUCCUGGAAAGUUUGGGAAAUACUGUCGAGGAGCUGGCAUCAGAAUCACCCAAAGGGCUUGUUAAAACCCAGACUGCUGGGCCUGCCUCCAGUUUUUCCUUUGGAUAAUGCGAGUGGGACCCGAGGAUUUGCUUCCUAACCUGUCUCCAGGUAAAUCUGAUGCCCCUGGCUUGGGAACCACACUUUGGGAAUCACUGCUCCGAGGCAGGAUUUCUCACCGUUGGCACUGUUGUUAUUUGGGGCGGGGUGAUUGAUUCUGGAUGUGAGUGGCUGUCCUGUAUAUUGGAGGAUGCUUCGCAGCAUCCCUGGUCUUUACCAAGAUGCCAGUUACAUCCCCCUCCAUCCCCAAGCUGUGACAACCAAAAAUGUCUCCAGCUAUUGCCAGAUGUCCCCCAGGGGGUAAAAUCGUCUCCAGAUGAGACCCACUGGGUCAAAGAGCUUCACAUGCCCCUCUCCCCCAGACCCAGCUGGAAGCACUCUCUUCCUGGUGUGAGUGGCCUGGUCCCCAGAAGUUUCCCUGGGGUCAGCACGUCCCCUGGAAGACUGACCAGUCAGGGUCCUGCUGCUCUUGCUACUGGAUCAGGGGGUCCGCAGCAUCUGGAAGCUAGUGGGGAUGCAGAAUCUGAGUUCCUGUGGGCAAGACCCCCAGGGAGUUUGUGUGCCCGGAACAGUUGAACAGCCCUGGCCCAGCAUAACUGUGUCACUGCUUCUGAGGAGCAACGAGCAUCUGCCGAGCACCUCCUUUGUGUUGGGUCACUGCUUCCAGGACUUGGCUGCACACUGGAGUCACCCAAAGAGCUUUAAGAAAUACUGGUGGCACUUUCAGAUGGUUAGUUUUAUCCCGUGACCUUGGCUGAAGUUCUUCAACCUCUCUGGGCCUCAGUUUCCCAGUGAGUUCUACCCCGAUAAAAGAAAAAUACUGAUGGGAGUGCGGCCGGGUGGCAGGGAUGUUUAAGUCCCCCAGGUGUUUCUAAUGUACAGUGAGUUUCAGGGGUGUUUGUUAAAAACUUCUCAUGCGAUUUACGAUCUCACCUUACUGAGUGAUUCAUGAAUCAGGCUGCAUCCCAUUCAGAAAGUAGAAGGGAGCUGUAGAGAAUGGUGGAAGGGGCAGGGUUUGUACAGGGAGGCUGACACUACAACACAGAGGGGUUGGGACUUGUGAGCUUAAUUAGAGCUGGGGGCUGUGGUUGGUUGGCCUUGGGUUUGGGCUUCCGGGAUAGCUGAACGCUCACAAGAAGCAGAAAUUAAGUUAAUGGUCUGCUGAUGUGGGGCUUAGCAUGACUGAGUCAUUUGGGCUACAUGUAUUAUUUAGCAAGGGUCUUGCCUGCUUUUUAUCAUUUCAUCCUUUCAAUGUAAGAGCUAAGUGCUCUUAGGUGCAUUUUAUAGGUGGAGAAACUGAGGCCCAGAGAGGUUGAAGAAUGUCAGCCAAGGUCACAGGAUGAGUAAGAUGGCGGGGUUUGAACAUGGCUGUCUGAGCCUAACACCUGUGCCCUCAGCAGACUUGCCAGGUGGGCUCCUAAUGGCACAGGUGCACCCUGAAGCUGCCCCUGGUACGAGGCCCCCACCCCUUUUUGCUGGCAGUAUUCAUUAGAAGGGAGCUGUUAGCCAUGGCAGGGGAGGACGGAUGACCUGUUUGUUCGUUGUGCAUUUGAGGCUGGCAGCCAGGUGUCCCGAUGGACCCAGGACCAGAGACAGGACCCCUCCCUACUUCCCAGGCUGCGUGCUGCCCACUGAGGCUGGAAACAUCACCAGCCACAAGUGCCUGCCCCAGCCCCCCUAGUAUCAUCCAGUCCCCACAAUGCAGCAUGGUUAAAACUUGGUUCCCAGUGCUCACUGCUUCCCUAGUACAAUGCCCGGGUUUACCCGGUGAUGAAGUUGGCAUGAUCGUGACCGC